AUGGAAACUGAUGAGAAACCCAAGCCGACACUUCAAUCUCUAGUUACAAAACAACUGCGUCCCCUCAAUGAAUCCUCCAGUGGAGCUACUACUGUCGAGGUGGCAAAGAAAGAGGACUCAAUCAAAGACAGUGAGGAGAAUGGUGAUGGUGAUGAAUACCUUGAUUCAUUUCCUCCAGGGUAUCGAUUCUGUCCUCUUGAUGAAGAGCUUGUUCUUCAUUACUUAAAGAAGAAAGUCAAGAAUGAGCCUUUGCCUCACAACAGGAUCGUGGAAGUUAACUUGUACAACCAUAAUCCUGAGACGCUUGCAGAAAAAUAUAAGCAAUAUGGAGAAAAGGAAUGGUAUUUUUUCACUCCUAGAGACAAGAAAUAUCGAAAUGGAACACGACCUAAUCGUGCUGCUGGUGAUGGAUAUUGGAAGGCUACGGGUGCUGACAGGCAAAUCAUAUACACAGGUCAUACCGUUGGAUUUAGAAAGGCAUUGGUUUUUUACAAAGGAAAACCUCCAAAAGGUGACAAGACCAAUUGGAUCAUGCAUGAAUAUAGAGUCAAUGAUCCACCUUCAUGCAAAAGGGUUUACAAUGAUAUGAGGCUGGAUGAUUGGGUUUUAUGUAGGAUUUACAAGAAAGUUGAUAAAUCAAUUAGUAGAACACGAUCCAAAGGAAAUAAUCAAUCUCCAUUGAUUGACAAUGACGAUACAAACGAGUUAAUGAAUAUGGAUUUUGAUUAUAAUGGUGGUGCUGAUUCGAUGGAUUAUUCCAAUGCUCUUGGUAGUUUUAUGCAUCAAUCUCUCUCUGAUGGAUCUUACAACAAUCUUCAGCCGGUAAGCGAUCAGUUUCAGACAUUGACACUCAGCUAUGGGGCUCACUCAAAGAUUGUUGAUUCGCAAUCUCUUAGGUCUCUUUCUUUGAAAUACCCCAACGACAAAGGAGCUCAAGAUGACAUUUGGAGUGUUCUCAAUCUUGAUCUUGCUUCACAGUUAGAGCUUUAUGGUGUUACUUGUGUUGAACCAUUGAUAAAUUUAGAUAAUAUUUUUUCCGUCGAUGCUUCAAAUAAUUCUUCAGCCAAUGCAAAAACCGAUGGCACAGGUUGA